AUGGUCUUUUCAACAGCGCUGCUGCGCUAUGCGGUAGCUGCUCUGCCGUCUCUUCUCUUUUUGAAUUUCGCUGGAACUGUGAGCGCCGAUAAUCCUUUGGUUCAGACUAUCUACACGGCCGAUCCUGCGCCGCUCAUCUAUAACAACACCGUCUACCUGUUCACUGGUCACGAUGAAGAUGGCUCGACGAACUUCGACAUGCGCGACUGGCGCCUCUUCACCUCCAGCGACAUGGCGAACUGGCAAGAUCACGGCGUCGUGAUGAACCUCGCGACAUUCAGCUGGGCCAGCGAGCGCGCAUGGGCCGGACAAGUCAUUGCGCGCAACAAUAAGUUCUACUACUACGUUCCCGUACAGAAGAAGAGCGGGAGUAUGGCAAUUGGCGUCGCAGUCGCCGACAACAUUCUUGGCCCAUACAAAGACGCACUCAACAAGCCUCUAGUCGAGAAUAACGAGAUCGACCCGACCGUCUACAUCGACGACAGCGGCCAAGCGUACUUAUACUGGGGAAACCCCGGGCUAUGGUACGCAAAGUUGAACUCGGACAUGAUCUCCAUCAGCGGCGGAACCGUUGGCGUAACGUUAACCACUGCGUCCUUCGGUGCGCGCAGAAGUGGAACGAACUCACGAGCAACAUCCUAUGAAGAAGGCCCAUGGGUCUACAAGCGCGGAAACCUAUGGUACAUGGUGUACGCCGCCAACUGCUGCUCCGAAGACAUCCGAUACUCAACUGGCCCAAGCAUCACUGGUCCAUGGACGUACCGCGGCCUCGUCAUGGCGACAGCAGGCAGGAGUUUCACCAACCAUCCAGCGGUCAUUGAUUACAACGGCGGCUCGUACUUCUUCUAUCACAACGGCGCGUUGCCGGGUGGUAGUGGGUACACGCGCUCCGUGGCUGUGGAGAAGUUCAAUUACAACUCCGACGGCACGAUUCCGACGAUCGGUAUGACUGACGCCGGGGCACCAAUGAUUGGCACUUUGAACCCAUAUACCAGGCAGGAAGCUGAGACUAUUGCCUUCUCGUCGGGUUUGAAGACGGAGACGUGCAGUGAAGGCGGUUUGGCGGUAUCGUUCAUUAACAAUAACGAUUACAUCAAAGUCAAGGGCGUUGCUUUUGGCGCUGGUGCGAAGUCUUUGAGUGCGCGCGUCAGUUCGGCGGGGAGCGGCGGAAAGAUUGAAGUUCGACUCGGAAGCACGAGUGGGACUCUAGUUGGUACGUGUACGGUGGCUUCGACAGGUGGGUGGCAGACGUGGACGACAGUGACGUGUCCUAUUAGUGGAGCGACGGGUACUCAGGACCUGUUCUUCAAGUUCACUGGAAGUGGGAGCGACUCGCUGUUUAACUUCAACUGGUGGCAGUUUACCAAGUCGUAGGUAUUGGCUGUGAAGAAUGGCCAGGGGAAAAUAUAAAUACUUGUUCAGCUGAGCCCCAAGCAAUGAAAAAAGCUAAUUUUCAUCGUAU